AUGGCUGUAACCGAAACACAAAUCAUGGGCCGGGGGUCUGGAGCACGAAGCACGAUUAGGACACAGAGACAGUGUGAGAGGGCAAGGGGCGUCGCGAAAUUCACUGUUCAGGUCGAACUGACCAGGGUGGAGAUGGUGCAACCCCACCCUUGCAUGGCUCUUGCCUUCCAGGGUGUUCCCAACCCCUGCCUCACCCCCCACCGAGACCACCACAACAGGAAGCCGCGAGACUGGCUCUGUUGUUCCCUCCCUUGUCGGAAAGGCAUCCCCGUCCGCACCUGCUGCGCCCAGACGGCACAGCACUGGAAGGCCGAGAUAUCGUCCUUGGUAGCAAAAAGACCAGGUCCCGAAUAUGGCCGCGAACCUGCCGCUUGCACCAAUGCCAGCCUAUCAUCUCGGAGAGAGGUUCAACUUGAGCCGACGGCCCCCGAUAGGAUGCCGCUUCUUGGCUGGCUAGGACGGAUACGCCUUGCAUUGACCGAACCCGCCCAGGACCAGGCUGCUGCGAACAAUAUGAUCAAAGGGUUUCUCGCAGCUGUUGAUGCAGCCACUCGAAGCUCGAGUUCGAGGCUCAGGCUCCCAAGGCGGAGGAGGAGAGUGGAGGUCCGUGAUGCAGGCUCCGCGAUUGGUUUCCCAAGCCUCGGCGGCACACAGCAUGCAGCAAGGGAGGGCAAGGGCAGCAGCAGGGCUUCGAUGGAACGAUGCUGA